AUGCCGGAGACCGGGCAGGAGCCACCCAGCGCCCCUCCGCCGCCCCCCAAGGAGUCCUUCUACAUCAAGAACCUGCUCAACGGCGGCCCCCCCAAGGCGCCCCCCAAGCAGCCGCGGGCGCUGUUCGCCCCCUCGGGCAAGGCGGCGGUGGACGGCGCCGGCUUCGCCCUCUCGCAGGUGGGCGACCUCGCCUUCCCCCGCUUCGAGAUCCCGGCGCCGCGCUUCGCCCUGAGCGCCCACUGCCUGGAGCGCGCCCAGACCUGGUGGUACCCCUACGCCCUGACGCCGGCCGGAGCCCACCUGCCCCGCACGGAAGCCGCAGAGAAAUCCCUGCUGAGGGACUCGUCCCCCGCCUCGGGCACCGACCGGGACUCCCCGGAGCCGCUGCUGAAGGCGGAGGGGGAGCAGAAGGAGCUGGACUCCAAGAGCCCCGACGAGAUCGUCCUGGAGGAGAGCGACUCGGAGGAGGCGAAGAAGGAGGGAGGCGCGGAGGACUGGAAGAAGCGAGAGGAGAGCCCGGAGAAGAAGCCGUGCCGCAAGAAGAAGACGCGCACGGUGUUCAGCCGCUCGCAGGUCUUCCAGCUGGAGUCCACCUUCGACAUGAAGCGCUACCUGAGCAGCUCGGAGCGCGCCGGCCUGGCCGCCUCGCUGCACCUGACAGAGACCCAGGUGAAGAUUUGGUUCCAGAACCGCCGCAACAAGUGGAAGCGGCAGCUGGCAGCCGAGCUGGAGGCGGCCAACCUGAGCCACGCGGCCGCGCAGCGCAUCGUCCGCGUCCCCAUCCUCUACCACGAGAACUCGGGCGCGGAGGGGGGCGCGGGGGGCGGCGGAGCUCCCGGUACGCAGCCCCUGCUCACCUUCCCUCACCCCGUCUAUUAUUCCCACCCCGUGGUCACCUCCGUGCCGCUCCUGCGGCCCGUCUGAGCCCGGCCGCCGCUGCGCGGAGGGGCGCGGAGAGGCGCGCAAGUCACCCGCCCGCUUGUAAGUAUUGCAGCCCCUCGAGCGAGCCACCCGGCCGGUGUCUGCGGAGCGGGGGGGACUGCGGGGACACCGAGUGCGGGGCUGGGGGGACCCCUCGGCGGGUGGUGGUAUGAGGAAAAUAGCGAAAAUUUAAGGGGGAAAAAAAAAAAAGAAUUAACAAGAAAAAUGUAGGGGGAGGGAAACGAAAAUGAGGGAAUUGAAAGCGGGGACUUGUAGAGAAUCGUGGAGCUGUCACAUCUUUUGUAAACGUGGAUAAAAACAGCGAUGGUCUCUCUGUGGCUUUAGUUUUAUUUUUGUAAAAAAAUAAGAAAAAAAAGAAAAAAAAAGAAAAAGAAAAAAGGGGGGGAAAGGAUAGUAAUAAUAAUAAUAAUAAUAAUAAAAAGAAAUGGUCCCAGGCCACUCCUCGAGAUUUGCCAAACGCUAACGGGAAGCUGAAUUUCUGUUCCUUUCGGACCUCUCCUUCUGCCUCCAAAUAAUUGUUCAGGCUCCUGAUCCUGUCGUGACUCAAACUUCAUCGACCACGGCUUUUCAUUUAAGCAGACCUUUGCCUCUUUGCUU